AUGGACGAACUUAUAGAGGCCGUCGCCGACUCUUACUGCGAGUUGCCUCCGUCGAAGCUGAAUGCAGCGUUUCUCAGUCUUCAAUGCUCCAUGGACAUGUGUAUCAAGGACGGCGGUGGCAAUGCGUUUAAGCCUCGACAUAUGGCGAGGGAUAAACUUGAGAGGGAGGGGCGACUUCCUUUCUGCCUGCAAUGCUCUCCUGAAGUUGCUGCGAUUGUGUCUCAGAACCACAAAAAUAGUACUACGUUUCGUACUGAAAGCUAA